CCCCCGGCCGCCCGGUCCCCCUGGUACUUGUUAGUUGGCACCUCAGGCUGAAACACCACUGACUCGCUGCUGUCAAUAUGGCGAAUCUGCUCGGCGCCGUGGCCGUGCUGGCUGCGCUGUCCGGCGGCUUGUGCGAGGAGAAGGCCUUCCUGCAGAGGGCCGGCGCGGCCUUCAGCAACAGAGAGUACAGUUCUCUGCUCACCGUGAACAACGGAGAGAGGUUUGGGAACUGGACCUGGCCGGAGAUGUGUCCGGACGAGUUCUUCGCCGUUGGCUUCAGUGUCAGGGUGGAGUCUAACCAGUACGGGUCGGACGACACGGCCCUGAACGGGAUCCGCCUCAUCUGCAGCAAAGACGGGAACAGAAGCUUCCUGUACUCCAUUGAGUCUCACACUGGCUACUUCGGUGACUGGUCCCCCCCUCAGUACUGCCCGAGUGGCGUGCUCACCUCUUUCCAGAUUCGCGUGGAGCCUCACCAGGGCCUGUUCGGCGACGACACGGCCGUCAACAGCAUCAAGUUCCGCUGCAGCAGCAACCCGACGCUGGAGGGCACCGGCAUGGACUGGGGGGAGUACGGCCACUGGAGCCAGGAGUGCCACGGCGGAGGAAUCUGCGGCAUCGAGUCCAAGAUGGAGGAGUACCAGUAUGGCCUGGACGACUCCAGCCUCAACGACGUGCGCUUCCAUUGCUGUGCCAGAGCUCAGCGGUGAUUGACAGGUGAGAAGCUUGGUCCAGUUCCACCUCCGACACCCUGAACCCAAAGAUGACAAAUAAUAAAGAGCAGAUUUGAA